AUGUGUGCAGGUAAGGAGAUGGUGGACUACAUCACCAGGUACCUGACCACCAUCAGAGAGAGGAAGGUGAUCCCCAGCCCUGAGGUGAAGCCGGGCUAUAUGAGAGAGCUGUUGCCAGACAGCGCCCCCGCCGAAUCUGAGGACUGGGACCGCAUCUUCACGGACAUCGAGAAGAUCAUCAUGCCUGGGGUGGUUCACUGGCAGAGUCCACACAUGCAUGCAUACUACCCAGCCCUGACCUCCUGGCCCUCCAUGCUGGGAGACAUGCUGGCCGAUGCCAUAAACAACAUCGGCUUCACCUGGGCGUCCAGCCCGGCGUGCACAGAGCUGGAGAUGAACGUGAUGGACUGGUUAUGUAAAGCCCUGGGUCUGCCCUCCUUCUUUCUCCAUCACCACCCUGACAGCACUGGAGGAGGCAUACUGCAGGGUACAGUCAGUGAGAGCACCCUGGUGGCUCUGCUGGCGGCCAGGAAGUCCAGGAUCCAGCAGGUGAAGAGGACAGAGAGCGACGGAGACCUGGACGACUCAGUGGUCAACUCCAGACUGGUGGCGUAUGCAUCAGACCAGGCCCAUUCCUCAGUGGAAAAGGCGGGUCUGAUCUCCCUGGUGAAGAUCCGGUUCCUCCCGACUGAUGACUGUUUCUCCCUCAGAGGUGACACUUUAAGGCGGGCCAUCCAGGAGGACAGGAGAAGAGGACUGGUCCCUACAAUGCUGUGUGCCACAUUGGGAACCACGGGGGUGUGUGCCUUCGACGACCUCUCAGAGCUGGGACCAGUGUGUGCCGAGGAAGGCCUCUGGCUACAUGUGGACGCAGCGUACGCCGGCUCAGCUUUCAUCUGCCCAGAGCUGAGAGGUCCCCUGCGAGGCAUAGAGUACGCCGACUCCUUCGUGUUCAACCCCUCCAAAUGGAUGAUGGUCCACUUCGACUGCACCGCUUUCUGGGUGAAGGAUAAGUUCAAGCUCCAGCAGACCUUCAGUGUUGACCCCAUCUACCUCAGACAUGAAAACUCAGACCAAGCCACCGACUUCAUGCAUUGGCAAAUCCCUCUAAGUCGACGGUUCCGUUCAAUAAAGUUAUGGUUUGUGAUGCGUUCCUUCGGACUGAAAAACCUUCAGGAGCACAUCAGACACGGUGUAGAGAUGGCCAAGCUGCUGGAGUCCCUUGUUAAGUCUGACCCUAACUUCGACAUGCCUGCUGAGAGGCACCUUGGGCUGGUGGUUUUCUGUCUUAAGCGAGGAAACGACUUGACUCAGGAGUUGCUACGGCGACUGACACAGUCCGGCACCAUGUACCUCAUCCCCGCUGACAUUGACAGGAAACGCAUCAUCCGCUUCACCGUGACUUCACAGCUAACCACCUCAGAGGACAUCCUCAGGGACUGGGCCAUCAUUCACAAAAUGGCUGUUGAACUUCUGGCUGAGAAAGAGGUGGUCAGUAAAUUGCAGCAGGUGCCGCAACCUUCAGUCAGAAACACUGUCAAGAAGCAUUCAGAAACACCCAGCGACCCAAAGAAUCACAAUUUAACAUUCACAGCAGUCGCAGAGUGCAAGGCUGCUUCUGUCCUGAUUAGAGAAUCAGACGAGAUUCAGAAGGCCAUCAGUGACACAGAAGAGCCAUUUAAAACACCCAGAAAGCUAGGGACUGACUCUGCCCCGACCACCGAGAAUCCAGGGACAGCUGCCAGAGACAGCUCUGAGGAGAUCACCAGUCCUUCUGCUUCCAGAGUUCCAAGGGCCCAACCAAAGCUUCAUCUGGAUGGAGAACCUCAGUUCUGGAUCCACAUGCACAGUUCUGGAUGUUCCCAUGAAAAGGUAGAGCCUGACAACAGGGUUAGUAGGACAGUGCGCUCUCUGAGCUGCAGCAGUGAGCCCUUAACUGGCCCCAUUAAGCCCUUAUCUGGCCCUGUUAAGCCUGAAUUCAACACAGACCCGUUUUGUAAGCCUACCACCGAGGCUCCCUCCAGGUCCAUUAUUGUCUCCCAGCCUGCACAUAAAGACCCAGACUUCGCCAGUCCCCAGAACGAUGCCCAGACCAGGCUUGUCUCCUCCAGCCCCAGCUCCUCAGGCCCGGGUCUCCUGUUGAGGAUCCCGAAGAGGCCAUCCCUGACCAAUCCCAAUCAGCUGGGCAAACGGGUCCUGACGAAGCUCACCAAGUUCUACAGUAUGCCCAGUUUCUGCCAGCUGUGUGUGCAGUGUAGGCACUUCCAGGUGUGUUGCCCUGUCAGCGGUCUUCAUCUGGCACCGAAGACCAGAACCUCUGCAGGGUGCAGGAGACUCAGCUCCUCUGUGCUGUGAGAAGUGUAAUGAAAAUGCCUAGUAGAUUCCACAGUCUGUGACGAACCACGGCUCAUCACCACAGUGUCCUAUCCAAGUGGGUGUUGUUUACACACUGGGAAUGAUUCAGAUAUGGCGUGCCUAGCAUAAUAACCUCCAUCAGAUCAUACGAACUCACCACUCUGCCUGACUCUCCGUGUGUGGACACCAGUUGGGUGUGAGCCUGUGAUCACGUCCGCCGGUGAAGCAACGUCUUGAGAUUUGGAUUUUCACAACAGCGCCGUACCCAGACUUUUCCCGUGUGCAUAGUGGUAUAGUUCCUAAUUACGUCUUACCUCUAAGUGAACUCUCAAAUCAUAGACAGAAAGAAAAGAAAAGGUCGACUUAAAAAGUAUUAACCAACAUGUACAACUGUUAAAAGACUACCUUAUUUUAAAGUGGCACGUAGGAACAUUUACAAAUAAGUUAUCAACAUUUAUUGCUGCUGAAGAGAUUAUUAUACAUUUAAAGAGGCAAACCUUUUUAAACCUUAACGCCUUUUCUGUUUUUGGGACAGAGCACCAUGGAAAAUACUUUUGAAUGAUAAUACAGACAUUUUGCUGCCAACAUGCUAUAAUCACAUUGGUAGAAAAUGUAUUUACAAAUGAUUAAAUAACCUUUAGCAAGGUAAUUCUAACCCCUUUAAAACCCCUUAUUUGUAUUUGUUUCCUUGCAUUGUAUGUUAUGGAUAAUCUUUAACAGGAAUAUGGUUCAGACUUGUGACCCAGGACAGGUAGUUUAUUGGGCCUCAGAGAGCUAAGAAAAGUAAUGAUAUAUACAAUUGACAUAACUAUUUUAAUAAAUACAUAAUCCACAUAGCAUUUCAAAUACUUUUUUGCAAACGUAUUCUGUGGGCUGCAUGAUUUUGUGAUACAAAUUCUAAUUACAGGGCCACAUUUGGAAUGUAUCUAAAACAAGACUUUCCAAAACUAGACAUCAUCAGAAUGAUUUUUGUCAAGGAAUCAUAUUUUUGUAUACAUACCUUUGCAGCAGACAUGUUAAAAACUUUUUUGCAAAGAAUCACUCAGUUGCUUAUUUCUUGCCUGGGUUCAAGUCUUUUUAGUUAACUGUACUCACAGGGACUGGAAUAUUAGCUAAAGGUACCAGUAACCUGGGCUUAUAAUUCUGUUUUAAUUGUCUUUCCAUGUGUUUAGACCAGACCUAUACGUAGAUUUGGUGUAUUCUGUCCUCGUGUGUUGUCCACCAGUAGCAGCACCAACGCAAUCUGGGUCUGUGUAAAUAAAUGUAGGGAAUUGAGGACUAUGAUUCCUGCGUAAUUAUUUAAGAAAAAAGGAUCAACAGUUUUAGAUCAAAGGUUCUUAAUGUGGGGGGGUCCAAGUAAACGGUAACACACAAAAAAUAUAUUCAUAAAAAUAUACCUUAUUGAUUCUUCCAGUGACUCAUUCCUGCUUUUAAAAUGCCUGUAUAUUAUUUGUAUUUUUUGGUUUAAUAUUGUGUGUAAAACAAAUGUCUGUCAGUAAGUUGAUGCCUUUCAGUUUGUAAAUAGAUACCAGUCUGUCUCUGCCUCACACCAGUCUUUAUCAAUCUCUCUGUCUGUCUGUCACCAACUCACCAAUUGCAGCCUUGUUUCCUUGAAUGCAAUGUGUUGACUUACAGGUCA